CAUAAACAAAAAAUUUUUUUCGAACGCAGACGAAAUCGCGGAUAAAUUGUAAUUUAGUUGUUCGAAAAUUCGACGCCGAGGGCAAACCGUCGUCGGUCGCUUUGUUAAAAUUCAUUAACUAAAUUCGACUUUAGUUUAAUUUCACGGUGAAAAGAAAAAGAUAAUUUUUCUUUUUUCGCCGCCUUUUUCGUUGUUUUUGUUGUCUUUUUCGGCGCGUCGCUUGUCGUUUCUGUAUGUGUGCGUGCUUGUACGUGUGAGUACGUGCCUCAGUGUGCGUGUGUCAGUUUGAUUUGAAUAAAUUAUUAGUAAAUAGCUAAAAAUAAAAGAAAACAAUUAAGGCGCCAAAAACAAAAGUGAAACCCUUGAAAAAGUGACACAAGAAAAGUGAAGUGAGGGUGAAAAUCCAGGAAAAGCCACGCACACGGGCGUGUUAACCGCCAAUUAGCCGAACAGCCAAAGUCACGUGACAAUGGAGGAGUAAGUGUCUACAACACUCGACGAACACCAUGUCGCUGCGGAGCAACAAGUUGCAGAGCCAACAGUCGACGGCUAGCAGCAACAGCAACGGCAGCAGCAACAGCAGCAGCGGCAACGGCAACAGCAACACCAACGCACCGCAGCAACAUCCGCCAAUGGCGUACCAGCAACAGCAGCAACAAUUGCUGCAACAGUUGCAGCAGCAACACAAAUUCCAGGCGCAGCAGCGGGGCAAUACCAGUCGAAAUAAUCUGGCCACCUUGGUGGCGGCCAUCAAUGGUCAUGAUGGCCAGAAUUCCCCCGUCAGUGGUGGCUAUCAAUUGUCACCGGCCGCCGCCUCUAGGGUGGCCCAUGCCCCACCUCAUUCGCCCUUGGGUCCACCCUCGUACUCUGCGGCCACAGCCCAGUCCGCCUUUAGUUACUACGGACAGCAUCAGCAACAUCAGAUGCAAUUAAACCACAAUUACCAGCAGCAACAGCAACAGCAGCAGCAGCAACAAUUGCAGUUGCAACAGCAGCAGCAACUUCCACCGCCUGAUCUCACCGAUGGCAUCGAUCAUCCCUCCGCCCAGGCUGCCACGCCCCCUGACUCGCCAAACGCCCAGUCAACUGGCCCAUCGGAACUGGAGCAACAGCUCUGUGUGGUUGCCAAAAUGCAGAAAUCGGUGACUAUAACUGUCACGCCGCAACGCAGCAAUUCGAUGGAUUUCCUCAACUUUGAGGAGAAGCGCCAACUGAUUGCCUCGUCGUUAUCCUUAUCGGAUAUACUGCACAGCGGCAACGCCCAACAGCAACAGCAGGCUGUCAAGGAUGGUCUAGCCCUCAACGGGGGGCAGUGCGCUAAGAAACAGAAUGGAGCUGCCAUACGCACAAAUAGCUUGGGAUCGGGCACCAGGACACCGCCCUUGGAAAGAAAGAGCAAACUCAGUGCCCUGGGCAGAUUCUUCAAGCCCUGGAAAUGGCGGCGGAAAAAGAAGAGUGAGAAGUUCGAGGCGGCCUCCAAAUCUCUGGAGCGUAAGAUUUCUGUGCGUGCCAAUCGUGAUGAGCUAGUGCAAAAGGGGAUUCUACUGCCAGAAAGUCCCCUGGGCAAUAUUCCAGAACCAGGCGAGGAGUCGUAUUACAACAGCAGCAACAGCGGAGCCACCGCCAACGGCUCCCUGCUGAACUCAGCCGUCCACAAUAAUUCCAUGAGCCAGGCCAACAAUUCCAUAAAUGCCACCACCUACGGCACCGCCGGCAAUCCGCUCAUCUCCGCCGCCCAGCAGCAGCUGAACCAGGGGCUUCCCAACUCGAUCUCCGUGCAGCAGUUCAACGGACAGAAUCCGCAGAAUGCCAUGGCCAAUGGCCUUGUGGGUGGCGGAGUGGGCGGCGGUGGCGGUGGCGACGGCUCCUCGGACACGUCCUCACAGAGCGGCGGUGUUCCGCAUUCGCAGUCGGCGCCACAGCAAUUGGGCGUGGGUCAGCCGCCACCACCUUUGACCCCACUGGCCCAGCACCACCAGGCGCUGGCACAGCAGCUGCAGCAGCGAUUCGCCAUCAGCAACAAUAACGAACCAAGAAAAGACAAGACUGAUGCACAACAACAACACGGAGGCAAUGGCACAAUAUCCACGCCCAACAUCGAGCAGCCCACCUGCCAGGGCUCGAUGCUGCCGCCCCCCGGAGGCGGUGGCCAUCACCAGGUGGACGGGAGUGGCAAGAUGGAGCGGCCCAACACGCUCGCCGGCGCCAACAAGCUGACCCGGCGAGGGGUCAACAUCUGCUACCACAACGAGCACAUGUAUGGCGAAGAUGGAAAAAUGGUGGGUGGUCCGCCGGGCAGCACUCCGCCCCCCUAUCCGGGUGGCAAACUGCCGCCGGGCGUGAUGCUCAGCGAACUGCCGGAGCCACCGAUUCCGCUGUCGGAGAUCGGACCGAUCCCACCGCCCCCGAUGUUCUCCACUCCGAGUCCCACGCUCAUCGCAGGACGACCGCACGGGCCGGGGGCCGUCAACGAUCAGGAUUACCAGCAGGACUACGACUACGAUGAUCACGAUCCCGAUCAGGAUGAGCUUGACUCGGACGACGAGUAUGCCCCAUACGGUGGCAACCAUGUGCGCAUGAUGGACACGCAGCGCGUCGAGGAAAUUCCAGCCAAAGAGCCCAAACCAAAUGCAGUUCCUCUCAAGUCGGCGCUGAAGAAGAAGGGCGGCAUCCAGCCCGCCUCCGCCUCCACGCCGGUCACGCCCACCCAGGAGCAUGGGGCGGGCAGCGCGGCAACGGCGGCGGCCUUGGCAAACAGCAAUGGCGGUAUUGGUUCGAUGGCGGCAGCCGCGGCAGCAGCGGCCCAGCAAUCCACCAACCAGCGUCCGCUGGUCGUUCGCCAGGAUGCAGCGGGCAACAACUAUUCGCUCAAGCCAAUACUACGACCACGGAUUAGACUAUGCAGGCAGCAAAUGUUCAACAUCCAAUUGCCGUGCACUGUGGAGAACAAGGAGAAUGCCCGGCCCUUUGUGAUACGCGAAAGCAGCAGCGAUAGUGACGAGAGCGAUGGCCAUAUCGUCUACAGGGACGAGGACAACGACAACACCCGGCUGGCCAAGCUGGCCCGCAAGGAGUCGCUCUCCCUGAAGCUGAAACUCCGGCCGGACAUGCAGGACCUGAUCAACCGCAACAUACUGCACCAGGUCAACGACAACGAGCUCAAGGAGUCCAAGGAGGCGAUCGGGGCACGCCUCAUCCGCCGGCUGUCGAUGCGACCCACGGCCGAGGAGCUGGUCGAGCGCAACAUCUUGAAAACUCAAUCACCCGCCGAGGAGAAGAAGCAGAAGGAGGAGAAGAAGUCGUAUCUGUUGCGCAAACUCAGCUUUCGGCCCACUGUCGAGGAGCUCAAGGAGAAGAAGAUCAUCCGGUUCAACGACUACAUCGAGGUCACGCAGGCCCACGACUACGAUCGACGGGCGGACAAGCCGUGGACAAGACUGACGCCGAAGGACAAGGCCGCCAUUCGCAAGGAGCUGAACGAGUUCAAGUCCUCCGAAAUGGCCGUCCACGAGGGCAGUCGGCAUUUGACGAGAUUCCAUAGGCCAUGACGAUUGCAAUGGCAGCAACUUUCCAGCAAAAUACAACAGCAACCCAAGCAACAAUUGUAUUUUAUGCAGCAUCAAAUUGUCAACAAAUGUUUAAAAGCAAAAAAUUAAGCCAGCAAACUGGGGAAAAUGAAGAAAACUUUCAACGCAAAAAAACAGCCAGGCAUAAAAAUGCAAAUAAAAUAAAAACAAAAAAAAAACACAAAAAAAAGGAGGAAGGAAGCGUGAGGAGCGAGGAAAAUUAAGAAAGAAAGGCCACAUUCAAGAACAUAAUUAAUAAUUUUAGGUUUCUGUUGAUCAUAGCGAGAGUGCCGCUCGGUUUUCUAAUUUUAAGUUCUUUGUUUCACCUUCUUUAUUUGUUAAUUGUGUGUAAAUAAAAUUCUUUCGAUAUUCAAGCCAAUUUCACAACGCAAAUCAAAAUAUCAAUUCGUCUUUUGUAGAAAUGUUAAGUCGCUUUUUGAGUCAAGGCAAUUAUGUAUUAUAUUAUAUAAAAUUAAACAAUUAAACAACAACAAGGAGAAACACUAUAUGAUAUUCAAUUAAAUAAUUAUAUUAAAGCAAAAAAUGGCUGAGAACAAUUCAUUAAAGCUUAGACAUUAAUUUAAACUUACCGUUGCUUUCCAUACAUUUUUAAUUUUUGAAUUAAGCCAGCUAAAACACAAAAAAAUACAAACAAAUUACAAUUCUAAACGAAAAAUUAUGUUUUACAUUUAUAAUUACAUUAUUGUAAAAAGCUUAAAAGUAAACAAAACAACACAUUAAACUUAGAACUACCACAUAUAUACGAUAAUACGGAAAAAUAAAUUCUAAUUUUUCGAAAGACAUGUUUACGAAAGAUAAUUUUGUUGUUUUCGUUUUAUUUUUUCCAGCCUGAGUUCGUUAUUUUUAAUUCUCGAUUGUCUUCUAACAUGUACAUACAUAUCGCCAAAGAAAAUUUGCAAAUCUAAAACUUAUCGUGGAGAGAUAGGAAGGAAACCCAAAAAGCAGACAAAACAAUGCUCAAGCUGAUGGAGAAAGGUACGGGUAGAAAAAAACCCCAAAAGUAUAUAAAAACUCUAAUAAUAAAUGGCAACAAAAUAUCAGGAAAAAUAAACUGAAGCAAGUUGGACCCAGAAUGAUGUUUUUUAGAGAGGAGAACCAGUAAAAGAAAAAAAUUACAACUUAAGACGUAAGUCACGUAACCUAAAACUUUUUAGAGACAGAGUACAGAGAUCGGAACCAGAUGGAACAACAUCAUGAUGAAUAUUUAUUUUGUAAAAGCAGGGAAAAGCGAAACUGAAACUUUUACUCAAGCAUUCCACAUAGUAAACUUAACCAAGAAGAAAAUAUGGAGAAUUUCCAAAACAAAAAAA